CCUCUUGAAACUUCUCUCUUCUACGAAAUUGGAAACCACUAGUUUCGCCGGCUUAGUUUCAAUGUUUUGAUGUUCCCUUAUUUCAAACAUCAGCUGAUUAUAGUUUUCUUAAAUAGAAAUCAUGAUACAUCUUUUAUGAUUCAUCAUCAUAAUUUAUGGCUAUAGAUAGCUUGCACUGUGAUCUGCAUGAAGAUACUCGUUGAGAAUCCGCUGGGUCAGGUCAGUGUCUAGGAUAGUGGUGAAUGACUUAGCCUACUGCUGAUAGAGCCAAUGAAAUGAAUAAUGUAUCGAGAUAAAGCAAUGAAUUAAGUGUGUCAGAGGAGGGUUUAUCUUUGAGCUGCAGUUUGAUGUAUACGAGCACCAGCUUAACAAAGCAAAUUAAAAAUAUAUGAAGCAUAUCUUUUAAAUAAAUCCCGAUACCUAGGGAUGGCUUCAUUAUAAAUUUCUCAACAUCGCGUUGGCAAUCAAAAUUGCUCCAAAUUUCACGCUUAUUGUGAUUGUCGAGUGCGAGGUCAGAUCCUGCUGCAGACUCCUUAUACACGCUAAUAUCAAUGCUCCCUUCCACUGGUGACCAGAGACACUAGAUUUAACUGGGAAAUCAAACGAGCUGCAGCCUGUUAAAUCAGUGCUCAUUUGUGCUACAUAAAAGCAUUCAAUAGCCUAUCUUAAUGGAUGAUAACAACUUCAAUCAACGAAGAAGAUAUCACAAUCCAGAUAUCGUCAUUAGAAAAACACAUUGCUAAAAGCACUUCUUGGUUGAUGCGCCUGGAAGCAUUAUUCGUGUUCGAUUUUGCUUUCGUAACAAGCCAAGAAUCUUUUGGAGCAUUUUGCAAGUCAAGGUCAAAAUGUCAACAAGAAUUGAACUUAUUCUGUUUGCAUUGAGCAUACUUUUCAGAGUGUCCAGAGCGGUUUAUGUUGCAAACCCGAUACCUCCCCUGGAACUGAAGAGGUGUGGAUACUUGACAUAUACAAUCCCAGCAAAUACUUUCAAAGAUGAGACUGAUGGUGACACACGUCACCUUACCCUGACCAUGAGGAAUUUAACAGGGGAAGUCCUCAAUGUUAACUGGUUGUCAUUCUCUCCUGAGAAUCAAACACUGACUGCCGUAUUAACCGACAGUCACUUUCGUGGAGCGAGGCAGUCCCAAAAGUUCUAUUUUCACCUUUAUGCAACAACAAGAAGGGGUGAAUCAGCUUUUGCUACAAUUGAGCUGAAUUCAAUGGAGCCUUCGCAGAACACGACUGUUGCAUUUCUUGUGAACUUUGCAUGGAUAGCCGAAAAUAAACCGCCCAUCCCAGUUAUUCUUCGUAUCUUUGCCGACAAAUUUACAGCCUAUGUGCAGGAAAGUGUAAACAAUAUACGUUUCACGCAUGUUGUCCAAGACAGCGUUGGAGUAAGCAUUGGGAUUUCGAACUGCACAACAGGUAAAGAGGCAUGCAAUAGUGAAAGUGUUCAGGCCAUCAAGAGUAAGCUUUACGACGAUAAGGGUACCCAACCCCAAUUUCGACAAGCUAUGGCGCCAGAAAUGUACAUCUCGUACAUUCAGCUAUCACUGUCUGCCGUAUGUCAGCCUCCCGAGCCACCAAGAGUUCUCAAGCCGUAUCCAGUUAUAACUCUAAAUCCGUGUUCCGUGAUCUUUCACAAAAUUCCCUACGAUGUAUUCUAUGAUGAAGUAGAUGGAUACAAUCUACAAUUAGUCAUUCAGACUAUCGAUGGGAAGGCAACAGAUAUAGCGAAGAGUUGGCUGGCCGUAAACGGUGGAGAAAAUGUUCUUUAUGGUGUUGUGACCGAUAAAGCAAUAAGGGAAGAGCCAGAAAGAGGGUACAACGUUACAAUCAGAGCCUACGACUCACAUUAUCUGUGGGCAGAAACUUCUAUGAUUGUCAAGAUAGCUAAGAGAUCUAUCCAACGGUACUAUCAGUACACACUGCACCUUUCUCUGAUUGGAAACGAGUAUCUUGCGCCCAUCAUAGAACUAAACACUAUCGUUCAUUCUAUGAAUCUGUUCCUUAAGGCAAACGCUUCAAACCUGAUGUCGUACAAUGUCAUUAACAGCAAAGACUUUACGUUGCGUUCCAGUAUAUGCACACUGCCAUUAAAAUGUGACAACUCCUCUUUCACCGCAUUCUGGAAGCAGUUGGUAACACCUGAAGGCGCGCCGAAGUCUGAAUUAAAAGCAAUGCUAUCCGCACGCUAUACUAUUCGGGCUGUUACAGCUUUUAUCGACCCGAUUUGUCUGCAAGAACUUGAUCCACCUGCACCUUCAAUAAAUCCGUGGUUUGUUCCGAUCACACAAUGUGGAGGGUUCCAAACAAAGGUUCCUGCCGAUAUGUUCUACGAUAAGCAAGAUGGAAACACGCGAAAUUUAAAGCUACAGUUAUUUACUAGCGACAACAAACACAUAUCGGAAAACAGUUGGGUACAAUUGAAUGUGUCUGCUCAGACGCUGUACGGCCUACCGACGCAAGAGGAUAUUGAUGCGUACAAAAGUGCAAGUCAGCAGUUUUACAAGUUAGUUGCUACCGACAGAAGCGGAAUGAACGCAUCUUUGCAGCUUCGGUUUGCCUUUCAAGAAGCACCACCAUCUACAUACACUUACAAAAUAGCAUACAUCCAAUCAGGAUUCCAAAACAACUUAGCAGAAUUAUACUUAUUCAAAUCCAAGCUGUUGAACUAUCUUGGGUAUGGUUUGCGCUCGAGUGUGGGCGUUAAGAAAAUCGUGAGGCAAGGCUCAACAAGUCGACGCAUUGAUUACAUAAACUGUUCCAGUUUGUUUGAUCCAUGCAACGUAAGUCAAGUUGAGCGAGUUAACUCGCGACUUUUCACUGGUUCAUUUGCGUCGAGUGAUUUUAAAAGGGCAAUGCAGCCAGAAUUCUCGAUACUAUUUCUUGGUGUGGAAAACACAAGUGACUGCCAUGCUAACACGCCACCAAGGGUACUUCAUCCUGUUCAAACAAUUAUGGUAUCCGUUUGUGGAAUCUUAAAAUACAUAUUGCCGGCACACGUGUUUUAUGAUAAAGAAGAUGGUUAUACUAAAGAUCUAGCACUGAGUAUUGCAGACAGCACCAACAAAACGUUGAGCAAAACCUCAUGGCUGCAACUGAAUCGUACUGCACUUGCAAUAACAUUUGCAGCAACAGUUUCACUCGCCGAAACCAAGGAAAGACAAAGAUUCAUACUUACUGCUACAGAUAGGCAUGGUCUGAGAGCAUCAACGCAUAUCUAUACAAGCAUCAAUGGCCCUCUUCAAGUGUUAAAAGACUGUCAGAUCAAGGUUAAAUUUCAAACUGAAGGAUCUCUCAGUGGGAUGGACGAUGUAUAUCUAACAGAACGAAUCGUAUUUUCGAUGCAGUCCUAUUUUCAGUUGAAGUCUGCAAGUGAGAUAGGCCUCGUUUCUGUUGUAAGGGAGAGUGCAUCCUUGAUAACAAUAGCGUGGAGCUACUGCUCGUCUACAUAUAUGCCUUACACAAAAUCUUAUCUGCAACAUCAGGUGGUGAAUAAUAAUGUAGACUUUAAAGGACUUUCAUUUAUCCUUUUAAAAGUGUUCGUGCCGGGCACUUUCCUUAUCCAUCCUGGUUUCAAAUCAGCAUUUCAGGGAUUAACUGUCCUUUCUGUUAUGAGGAUAUUCACAGGAAAAUGCUCCAGUUUUCCACCGAUAAUCGGCCUCAAUAGAAGUGGCUUGGUUUUCAACGUAACGGACUGCGGAAAUACCAAGAUUCCAGUUGGCAAGAACUGGUAUUACGACCUUGAAGAUGGCGAUGCUCACCAACUUACUUUAAAGUUUCUUAACAAAAACCAUAAAGAAAUAACGGAUCCUGAGAAUUGGAUAAAUCUCGACAAGAGUUCAAACAACAUCUUGCUAUCGAUCACGGAUAAAGAGCGGAAGCAGGGAAUCUCGAAAGAAACAUUUUACCUGGUAGCCACUGAUUCCUCUGGGCUAUCAACAACACAAACACUAACUAUAAACAUCAAGAAGGCGAUGCAACAAGAACCAAAGUUUGAAAUUCAUUUUUAUUUCAUAAACAACGGCUUUAAAAGCUAUCUGAAUGACUCUGUAUAUCUAUCCGAAAAAAUCGCCGAAGCUUUCUCUUUAAGCAGCGGCCAAGAUGUGCUUAUCAAGUCUUAUCGAGAAGACAAUGGUUAUGUGCACUCGUCCAUACUCACAUGGUCCUCUUGCUACCAAACCUCUUGCUCCUCAAGCACUCUCCAGCAGAUGAAGAAUUAUCUACAAUCAGGAACACUUUUCAAUAACUUAAAAAGUCGAUUCUUGCCCAGCUUUGAUCUUCAGAGAGCCUCAUUUUAUCAAAGCUGUAGUGGCACAACUACCCCUCCAACAUCACAGACCACUAAACUUACCUUCAAUGUAAAUAUGUGUGGUGUUUCUGUUCUAAAAUUGCCAUCUACGCUCUUCUCUGACUCAUCGGAGGGACUCAUAAGAAACUUGAAUGUCUAUCUGUUGGACGAGUCAAAGAAAUACGUCACAGCAUCUUCCUGGAUACAGCUUAAUGUUGCAACACUUCAGUUGUAUGCGAUACCAACUUUUGAGGCACAGCUUCACAACAAAGUUGCAAAGCUUCAUAUAUCAGGUGUAAAUAGUCAGAAUUUAAGUAGAACAGUGCCAGUUGAUGUUAGAGUUUCUGAGGAGCCAUACACAAACGACUGCCCCAUUACAAUCGUAUUUAAGCGAAAAUACGGGAAAAUCAAUUUUGUCGAUUUGGGUAUCCUUUAUCAUUUAAUGCGCGUCAUAAGCAACUUCUACAAUGAUAAUCAAGUCAAAAUUAAAGUACUUCAGUACAAAAAACUUACAUCUGAAACAUACUCUUUGAAAUACAGCAACUGUUCGUUUACAUUCUCGUCUAAAGAGGAGGCAAAGAAAGGUUACAGUGCGUCAUUCCGGAGUACAAUCAAUAACAUAUUCUCCAAGAUAGUUAACAGAGAUGGAUCAGUAAACAGUGCCUUCUCAAAGUUUAUGUCCACCUUCUUCGAAAUCAUUAGCAUCAAGAUAAGCUACGAAUGCAUCGAACACCCACCGUAUCCUACAAUUGGGGUUUUGCAUAGAACCUACGCUCAGACGUGCAGAGAGUUCAGGGAUUUCCAUACAAAAGCAAUGUUCAACGAUGCUAGAGAUGGAACAAAUCUCAAAUAUUCCCUAACGUAUUCCUCUGGUGAGCCAAUAUCUCCAAACGAAUGGAUAACAUUUGACGAGAAGCAAAUGCAGGUUUAUGGUAUGGUGACAGAGGAAGUAAAAAGGCGUGCUCCUUUUUUAGGAUAUGAGUAUCGCAUUGUUGCCACUGAUUCAUCUGGGAGGUCUGCAAACAUAACGUAUCUGAUUAAGAUUGCAUCGGCUUUACCUCAUCUGCCAAUCAAGCUUGAUAUGGCAUAUGAAUCAAAUUUUAAUGAAACUACUCCUACUGCUACCGUUCUGACUAGCAUGUCCAGGAAGAUCGCAGGGUAUCUUUAUGGGACAACGAGAGGAGAUGACGUCAUGAUUACAUCGCAUACGGCAGGCAAAAGCAUUACUUUUGGCUUGUGCAGCCUUGGAUGCAGUCAACUGCACUAUGUCAAGGUGGCAACAAAACUGCAAGCAAUUAUUUAUAGUUCAGAACCAGCAACCCAGUUCAUAUCUGCUGCGUCUGGGACAUUUGUUCCAAAGAACAUUUACAUGGAUGGUGUUUCAUGCCUGCCAUCUUCCAGCGUGACAAUCGUAACAACGCGCGUCGUCGUACUUAACUGGCAGAAUGUCUGCGGUUUUGUUGACUACAAAAUACCAGACGAUACGUUCAAUGAUAACGCUGGGCGGACAACGAAGGACUUCUUUCUCUCGAUGUACUAUCAAGGUGACACUCUAUCAUCUUCAUCUGCCUAUCACUUUGAUGCUGGCUAUCACUCAUUCUACGGACUGGUGGUGGCAUCAACAACCAUAGGCAAACGCAUUUAUGAUUUACAUGCAAAGCAUCCCGAGUCUGGACAUACAGCCUUUACAUCAUUCACGCUAAACAUUCAGGAUUUUGACAAGUUUCGAACGUCAUCAAAAAGCCUCUGUGUAGUUACUGCUACUUUUACGACGCACUUCAAUCCUGUGUACAGUGAUUUCUACAUCAUUAAAAAAUUCAUGAGCAAACUGGCAGGAUAUUUGAAAUCAACUGUGCAAGAAAUCCAGAUCAUCUCGUACAGUCGUGAACAGCAAUAUCCGGUUAAAAUGUCCGUUUCCUUUGCAAACUGCCAGUGGUAUUCAUGGAUCAGCGCUGCCUCUAAUUCAGAAAUGCUGCAGCGAUAUACCAACUCGAGAAGUGAAACACUACAAAAAUGUUUUGAAAGCAUCAACCAACAAACUGCUUUCAGGGCUUCCUUCUUGCAAGCAAUGAUGCCUGAUUUUCAACUAAUUAAAGUGUCAUCAAACGAAUGGUGCAAAAGAUCUCCAAAUAAACCACCAACUGUUAACAUGACAGUAAUAAGGAUAAUUGUUCGACCAUGUACGACGUUUUUAAAGCAAAUUCCUGAAAAUGCCUUCGUCGAUGAAGAUGGGAAUACAAAAAGCCUCUCCUUGAAACUGUAUCAUGAGGAUGGCACUUUUCUCACAGCAUCUGAUUGGGUAUCCUUCAACACUGUCACACAAGCUGUUUAUGGGACACCUGGCAGACAAGCACAGUCCUCCAACAAUGGUGUUUAUCAAUACACACUCCAAGCCACUGACAAGUAUGGCCUAAGUGCGAACAGUACAGUUUCGAUUCAAAUAUCCGGUUCUGCCCCGGGAAAUGAAAAUCCUAAGAUACUUAUAGAAAACUACAAGGUGACGCUAGGCAAGUGUGGCAUCUACCGCCGAGCCUUGCCGGUGAAUUUUGCAACUGACAAGGAGGAUGGAACGAUGCAGAAUUUACGUGUUGAGUUAAAGAUGAUGGAUGGUAGCAGUUUGCCACGCAAUUCUUGGGUACAGUUUGAUAGAAAAACCUUUGAAAUAUAUUCAUUAGCCGAAAGUGGAUCAAGCAAAAGCGCAUACUACAAUGUGAUUGUAAGUGAUAGUUGUGGCGGAACUGCAACAACGCAGAUCCAGAUUUCAACCGAAUCGACGCAAGGGUCGUACUACAGCCAUCUUUUCGAAUUCCAAAGCUUGUUGGGAAGCAACGCUACAUACUUGGACAUCCAAAUUAAAUUCUUGGAGCUACUUUCGAAGUAUUUCGGUCAGCAUUCAGAACAAUACAGGAGAACAGUAUUUGUCAAGAAAAGUAGCUCUGAAGUUUAUGAAUUCGGGUUUUCUAACUGCUCAACUGGUGAACUUGUAUGUCAAAUCACUGACAGACAAUACAAUACGAAGCAAACGAUCUUUAAGGGAUCGGUUGGCAAUACGAACAGCUUUGCAACAUUCAUCUCAAGCUCAUUUCGCAUCACAUCAUAUCAGAACAGCAGCAAAUAUAAAAUAGACUUGCCACCUAACAACAGCUCGUCAGCCAUGACUGACAUUGUGGUUGAGUCGUGUGGAGGCUAUUCACGUGAUAUUUCCCGCAAUUACUUCGAAGAUAGAGAAUCUCCAGGAAAUGUUCGUUAUGCAAUGACGUUGACAAAUGGAGCAGCUGUGCCAUUAGAUAACCCGUUCCAGAUUCAAGGCAAUUUCCUUCAAAUCAUUCCAAUGGGAUCAACGAGCAACGGACAGUAUCAAGUUAGAAUCACUGCAUUUGAUCGAUGCAAUCAAACGUCCUACAGGGAUUUCAAAAUUACAAUUAGCAUCCCAAAUAGUGUACCAGGCUAUCAGAUUCAAUUCGAGGCAACUGUGAAUACAAAUUUGCCGGCUGUGUAUUACAUUUCACAAUUCAAAGGAAGCCUGUACAGUCAGAUAGCAAACCAAAAUUACCGUAUCGCCAUUUCAAGCUAUUCAAAGGUUGGGAGUAGCUUGAAAAUCAAAUGGUCGAGUUGUAAUGAAAUUCAUUACAGAUGCAAUAAAACAGAUAUCACUUACCUUCAUUUAAAGCUGUUCACAUCAACAAAUAUCACAGAUCAAAACUUGGUUUCAAGGCUACAAACCAAUUUCAGCAAUCCACGAUUGACAGAAUAUUAUAAGAAUUGUAACUUUUCUUCUCCUGAGCCACCCGUCAGUCGCCAGCCAGUUGAGAUUUCUGUCGACUUAUGCAGGAGAUUCGAAUUCAGGAUUCCAGUUGAUACUUUUUACGAUCCAGAGGACGGAAGCACGAGGAACUUGCACCUCUCAAUGCUAACUACAAAUAAUUUACGUAUACCUGAAGAUCACUGGCUACAGUUUAAUAGAACAAUGCAACAGGUCUAUGGCUACCCCCGGUAUCCUUCUAAAUCAGCGUUUCAAAGUACAUAUCAGUAUAUCCUUGUUGCGAAGGACAUUCAAGGAAAUCAAGCCUCAAGCCCAGUUACUGCUUCAAUAAGAGGCAGCACUGAAAUCACAUACAAACUCACAAUGAAUGGACGUUUAGCUGCGAACUACCAUAAGUCGAACAUUGAUAUUGAAAUCAUGCUUAUCCAAAGAAUUGCUCAAUUUUUCAGUGACUCUGCCAUCAACGACAUCUCAUUUAUACGAGCAGGAAACACUUUCACUUUCUCUUGGAGUUUCUGUAGAAUGGAAACAGCCACUUGCAACUGCUUCUACAUAAAACAUGUAGAAAAUCGUUUGGCCAAUAUCCAGGAGUUUAGACAAACUAUAGGUCAAGAAUUCACAGUCGAGAAAGUUGUGUAUAUGAGAUAUGGUGUAUGUAACAAGACGAGCACACCGCAAAUUUUAAUAAAAAGAGGGAACAUUAAUUUACAGGGUGGUCAGUUUUUCAGCAGCUACAUCCACAAUAACCAAUACUAUGACCUUGAAGAUGGGUAUACAAAGAAUCUAACAAUAUUCAUCACAGACAGUCAAAAUAGAGUUGUAACAUCCAGCCAUUGGAUUCGAGUUGAGCAACAAUAUAUUUGCGGCCUAGUCCUUCUGUCCCAACUUCAAGAUUCCAAGUGGACAAAUUCAAACAAGAGGUAUGAUAUUGUUGUUCGUGAUGCCUGCGGAAAGACAGUAAGAGAUUCAUUCUCCGUAGUAAUGAGUUCUCAUCAGGAAUAUCUCAGUUAUACAAUACGAAUGUAUUUUGCAAAUUCAUAUCAGUCCAUAAAAGCCAAUUGUACGAAAAUUCAACGAUUUGUAGCGCUUGUUUCCAGCUACCUCAAUAUCAAUACUUCUGAUGUUUUCAUUCAGAACAUGUAUGUUCAUAACACGACUGCAAAUUAUACAUCUUCUCUCAACAAUUACACUGUUAUCGUUUGGGGAACGAGAAACCUCACAAUUAAGAACUGCCAAAAUGAGACUGUCCAAUCAUUUCGUGAAAGUUUCAUCUACCAAAAUGGCAGCAUAAACAAAGCAUUUUACCAGUAUAUGAAGAGCGAUUUCGAUGUAGUAAAAGUCGAUGAAGAUUAUUCCUCUUGCUCAAAUGGCACGUUUGUUCCUCUUAUUGUACCUCCAAAGUCUUCUGAUUUUGAUUUCCCUUUCUGGAUUCUCAUCCUGCUUUUGAUCCUUGCAAUUCUGAUACUGCUCUGCUGGUGUUGUUGGAUAUGCAUACCUCGGUGCUGUGCAGGGUGCUGCGUUGGCUGUGUAGAGAAACACUGUGUUUGCUGCAGAACUUUAUGUGGAAAAUGCUGCAUUCCUGGUGGGAAGUACGCAUCACUUGACGAAGAAGUGUUGGUACCCGAUGAUGUUGAGCAAGGUGUUCUUAGCAAUGCCAGGACUGUCCCUGAAGCUACUGAAGAUAAGUUUGGAAUGGAAGCUGCACCUGAUGACGGAGACAGUGGUGUAAUGGCUAACUCAGGAUCAGAACCAGACUCUCUUCCAUCAAAAAUCGAAGAAGAUGAGGCAAAAAUGGAGCAGGAAGCAAUGCCGAUUUAUUACACCGCACCAGACUACUUCACUACGCAAGGAGCAUCCACCAACAGCAUAGAUGACAGUUUUGAUGAGGAGGCACAAGCACAAGGAAGUGCCCCUCUUCCAGCUGAUGAAGAGCCAGUAAGCAGUGGAUUGGCUCCAAUGACAAAUGACAUUGAUGACAAUCUUGACGAGGAGGCACCAGCACAAGGAAGUGCCCCUCUCCCAGCUGAUGAAGAGCCAGUAAGCAGCGGAGUGGCGCCAAUGCCUUUUGAAGAGCCUCGGGAAGAGCCAACAACUAUGCCAUCAGAAGACGAGUCGAGUAUAUCAUCAACAAGGAAUUUGAUCAGUGAAGAAAUUAUGUCUGCAAGUGACUUGCCGAGCACACAACAAAGCUCGCUAUCAGAGGAAUCUUAUAGUAGAUUUUCUGAAUCAGGAAACGAGGCAACUUUUGCUAGAGAGAAUGGCCUGUCUUUACCUACAGUACCAAAUGUAUAUUCAGAACCCAAUGCAGAGGCACGAGAGGUUAGAAGAUCCUCAGUUAUGACAAGCCAUUCAGAAAACUCUGCAGAGAGAAGAUUUUCUGAGGGUGCAAGGGAGGCAGCAGAAGGUCGACGAGUGAGCGUCACACGGCCUGUGCGCCUGGUUUUACCAAGACAAUCAGUCACAUCCGUGGGCGACAUUGGAUUGCAUGAAAUCAAUAAUAAUAAUAAUUUCAUGUCGAGUGAAAUUAGGCGUGGUAGUCAAGUGAUGCUUUUAGACAACGAUGAAAUGGAUGAAAACAGCUAUCAAGGAAGAAGAGAGAGUCGCGUCAUAAUAAGAAACUCUCGAAGUAAUGGAAAUAUGAGACGUGCAUCUGCUGUGCAAAUCGUUUCUAGUGAUGGUUCAUUGGUUGACGAGGCGCCCAUUCGACUGAAAAUGACAGAAGAUGGGACCAUUCGGGAUCUACCACCCUGGCAAAGAGCUGCGCAAGAGACGCAAACAAUCCGAAGAGUGUCGCGUGUCUCCAAUGGGCAUUCAAGUACUGCACACAGAGACGUCAUGGAUGACACCGAUAUUGUUAUCGGUCGCAGGGCAAGUGUUGCUAAUCACGACAGAGGACAAGCAUAUCGUGACAUUCAGUCUGAUGUUCCUACUCAAAGAAGGAUCAGUAGAGUAUCAGUGUCAUCGAAAAGAGCUUCUACGGCCUUCCACCCAGACGCACACAAUUACAGCGAUUACAGUCUGAAUGGCGACAAUGGGGGCUCACGUAGGGUCUCUAUUUCCAACAGGAGAGCGUCAGCCGCACUACAGCAGAGUCCGCAACGGAGGGUUUCAAGAACAGCGCGUCGAAAGUCGCUGCAACAACCCUUCACAUCAAUUUUCGCAGACAGCAAUACAAACAACCAUGAAUAUGGUGACGUCACACCUUCAAGACGAAGCUCCACUCACUUUCUUGGCUAUGAAUCGGACUCGACAGAUUCAGGUUACGCAGUAACGCGGCAAAGUAAACGGUAUCGCAGACCUAGCCGCGACAUAUCUCGGAGUCAAGAUUACCUUGAUCAAAGAGGUGACCAGAGAAAGAACAGCAUUCAAGUAAGGCGAAAGAGCGUCACCAGAGUCUCAAACGGUGGAACGCAGAAUAGACGAACUUCAAGAGGACAGGCCAUGUCACGUGAUGUUGAGAUGUGGUCACGUGAUCACCAAGGGAAUAUGAACGUUGGUUACGAAAGUGACUCUUACGUAUAAAAGUUAGCGUUCGUGAAUCACAGUGGCUUUUGUAUGCCACUUAAUAUUUCCGCAUUCUUCGUUUCGAGUAAAACAUGUGCUGCUUGGAAGCAAAAAACCAUUCAAAGCUUGUAUAUAGUAAUGCUUAUGUAAAUAGUUAUUUGGAUGCAAUAUGUUCUCAAGAUGACAAUGCAUUGCAGUGUAAUAAUUACAUUAGCUUGUGUAGUAUUGUAAAUAAUAUUAGUUUGCAAAUUUUGGAAGUUGCUGAGCAGCUUAACUUUUGGUUCUUGGUAAGAGCCUAUGUCACAAAGGCUCUGAAAUAAUUUCAUUUUUCUAUUAAUCAUAAGACACAAGCAAAACGAUACAGACUGAAAUAGAUGCUUUAAUUUUCCAUAAUUGUGUCUUAAAUAUCCGUUUAUAAAAAAUAUUGAUUGAAAUUUUUAUCAGCUAAUGGUUGGUUUGUAGAUAUUCGACAGAAUAUCGCAGGAGUAACUUUACAGUACAACAGUUGUAGAAUUCACGUUUUUAUUACGUUUACUUAUUAUGUACAUUUUUAUUACAUUUAUUACAUAUCGCUUUUAUAAAUGCAUAUAAAUAAUAACAGAAUAUUGUCA